CACACCCAGACAGAGCCAUGUCUGACAUCCUGGCUGCCUGAGAGAAGGACGGACUGAUACAAAGCAAGACGAGCAGCAGGGAGGGAGAGGAAGGAGAAAGGGAGUCAAUGCAAAAGGGCCGGCAGAGAAAAGAGGCUUGAAAAAGAUGCACGAGAGCCGCAUCCCUUCUUGUCCGCAAGGAACAAAAACCACAGUGUUCGUGAGUGGGAGCUGGUGAGCUCAAGCACAAGGCGAGAGCCAUGAGGAACCAGGCAGACUGCAGCCGCCGGUGCUGCUGAGCACCAAUCCUCUCUGCCUGUCUCUGCCAGCCGCCGCUCAGCUCCGGUAUGAUUCAGGGGAAGGGCUCGGGGCUUUUGAUUAAGACUUGGAGCUUAAUGUUUGAGCAAUAUGCCGCUGCAGAGGAUCUGAACGUGCUGUUUCUUCUGAUUGAACACAGUGUGCGACGUGGAGACUGCUCUGGCUGCUGCUCUCAGGGCUGCUCCCCUCCCUGCUGGGUCCGGCUGUGUUUGGGUUAUGGUCCUGAGUGGGAAGCAGGGCAUCACCCAGAUGUGGGGCUCUGACUGCAUGGGAGGUUAAGCCUGUAAACACCACCAUGGGAGCCAAACAAAUGAAAUGCCUGAGCUCCGCCAGCCCCGCUCACUCCCCCAAAGACGAGUACGCUAUCACCCAGUCCACCGACGCCCCCAAAGAAGAAACCGGCCCGGAUCCGUCGGAGAACCAGGGGGAACCUCGGGAUGACAAAUCUGAGCUGACAGAGAAGAAAUCUGUUACAGAGGUGUCUCUGUGCGGACUGUGUCCCUCCCUUGGGCACAAUGGGCAGGAGGAGGAGAAAUCCUGGGAGGAGCAGCUGGAUGCCCACCAGGAGCAGCUGGAGAAGGAAAUGCAGGAGGCCAGACGGAUGGUGUACCGCCUACAGGCGUUGCUGCUGCACGGCUCCCUCCCGGAGGAGGACCAGGACGGAUCCGUGAGCUUCGGUGAUAACCGGGCCAGUGCGGAGCAGCAGCUGGUUUUAAUCCGCAGUCGUCUGGACCAAAGCACGGAGGAGUCCCUUGAUCUCAAGAGGGAACUCCUCAGGCACAAACAGGAGACGCGCCACAUUCAGGCCAUCAAGGAUGCUCUGCAGCAGCGCCUGGCGGUGCAGGAAGACGCCGUGCUGCAGCUCAAGCAGGAACUACUGAGGUGCAACAUGGCCAAAGAUCAGCUGGAAGGGGAAAAUGCAGAGCUGCAGCGCAAGCUGAGUGAGAGGGACAAACUGCUCAGCGAGUGUGAGCAGCAGCUGGGGAGGAAGGACAGAAUCCUGCAGCAGCAGCAGCAGCAGAGAGCACACGAGGUCGGCCUGGAACGGUCGUACAGGAGCGAAAACGGCGGAUACAGUAACUCAGUGGCUACGUCUCCUCCAGCUUUCCAGCAUAAUGCACCCGGUGAAGAGCUGCAGCUCGUCAGGGAGGCGCUGCGCAGCCUGAGGGACAGCUUCUCAGGCCAUGACCCCCAGCACCACACCCUGGACACCCUGGAGCAAGGCGUGGCCAGUCUGAUGGACCGGCUGCACUCUCUGGACAGCCAGCGCAGACAGGACAGAGGGGAGGAAUUCAAAUCGCCGGGACGCAGAGCCAACUCAACAGACCGUGACUCCUGGCCACCCAGCUCCAAAAUGGCUCACUCACACAGCAGCCCCGGUUUGGACACUGCCGUCUCCACUAAAGUGCUGUACUUCACUGAUCGCUCGCUCACUCCGUUUCUGAUUAACAUCCCGAAAAGGCUGGGUGAGGUGACUCUGCGAGACUUCAAGGCAGCUGUAGACAGACAAGGCAGCUUCAGAUACCACUUCAAGGCCCUUGACCCGGAGUUUGGCACUGUGAAAGAGGAGGUCUUCCAGGAUGGAGCGGUCGUGCCCGGCUGGGAGGGGAAGAUUGUAGCGUGGGUGGAGGAGGACCACGGAGAGCGGAGGUAGAGCCCAAAAACCAGAGAGCACCACGACAAACCUCAACCAAUCCCUCUGGACCAGGAAUCCACCCAGAAGAUUUACUAUUCCGUCAAAUGGGACCAACUGAUCGAAGAGAUUUCAACACAGAACCAUGUUUUGAAAGUGAAUGUUUCAUACGGAGACAUUUGUAAAUUCCUCUUUUUAAAAACAGCCAG